AUGAAGAAUAUUAUCAUGAUCCUUUUGGGUCUUACUGUUGGCUCUUUCGCCAGUACCCACGAGUGGAAUGAAACUGCGAUAGAAGGACUUGUUUUUGUUCACAACAAGCUAAGAAAUGAUGCCUCUCAAGGCCUUUGGGCUCGCCACAAUAUCUCCAAAUCGACUGACAUGCAAAAAUUGUUCUGGAACAACUCAUUAGUGGCUGAGGCCAAACAUGAAAUGUACGAUUGCGAUCAGCUGGAAAAGAGAGAAUUGACAUUAGGUGAAAAUAUAUACCAAUACGAUGUCACCACUUAUGAUGACGUUGAUGGUCAACAAGGAGAGGCAGCUAUUAAUAAAGAUUCUCACGAUGCUCUUAGUUCUAAAGAUCAAGCAGCUCAGUAUCGUCUCCGACAAAUACUUUAUUCCAAAUCAAACUCAAUCGGAUGUAUCUACGAAAGCUGUGAUAGGAUUGAUGAUGAAGGGACAAAUUAUAACACUCGUUUCAUCAUCUGCAAGUAUAGUCCAGCAUUGAAAAACAUCGAUGACCAGCUAUACGAAGAAGGAGAAGAAGCUUGCUCCAACUGUCCAUCUGGUACUUCAUGUACUGAUCCAAUGAUGAAACUUUGCGAAAAAAAAUUAGUUUAA